GUGCUGAGGGCCAAGCAAAUAUUUGUGGUUAUGGAUUAACUCAAACUCCAGGCUGUCAUGGCGGCAGGACGGCGAACUUGCGGCAUCUCCACGACCCGCCCCUACAGGUGCCAGUGCCUCCGGAAUGUGGCGGCUCACAGGCCUUCUGCUGUUCGUGGCUACCUGGGGAAUUUCCAGCACACCAGCUCCUCUCGACUCAGUGUUCUCCAGCAGCGAGCGUGCCCACCAGGUGCUGCGGAUCCGCAAACGCGCCAACUCCUUCCUGGAGGAGCUCCGUCCCAGCAGCCUGGAGCGGGAGUGCGUAGAGGAGAUCUGUGACUUCGAGGAGGCCAAGGAAAUUUUCCAAAAUGUGGAUGACACACUGGCCUUCUGGUCCAAGCACGUCGACGGUGACCAGUGCUUGGUCUUGCCCUUGGAGCACCCGUGCAGCAGCCUGUGCUGCGGGCACGGCACGUGCAUCGAUGGCAUCGGCAGCUUCAGCUGCGACUGCCGCAGCGGCUGGGAGGGCCGCUUCUGCCAGCGCGAGGUGAGCUUCCUCAACUGCUCGCUGGACAACGGCGGCUGCACACACUACUGCCUAGAGGAGGUGGGCUGGCGGCGCUGCAGCUGCGCGCCCGGUUACAAGCUGGGGGACGACCUUCUGCAGUGUCAGCCCGCAGUGAAGUUCCCUUGCGGGAGGCCGUGGAGGCGGAUAGAGAAGAAGCGCAGUCACCUGAAACGACGAGACACAGAAGACCAAGAAGACCAAGUAGAUCCGCGGCUCAUUGAUGGGAAGAUGACCAGGCGGGGAGACAGCCCCUGGCAGGUGGUCCUGCUGGACUCAAAGAAGAAGCUGGCCUGCGGGGCAGUGCUCAUCCACCCCUCCUGGGUGCUGACAGCGGCCCACUGCAUGGAGGACUCCAAGAAGCUCCUUGUCAGGCUUGGAGAGUAUGACCUGCGGCGCUGGGAGAAGUGGGAGCUGGACCUGGACAUCGAGGAGGUCUUCAUCCACCCCAACUACACCAAGAGCACCACUGACAAUGACAUCGCGCUGCUGCGCCUGGCCCAGCCCGCCACCCUCUCGCAGACCAUCGUGCCCAUCUGUCUCCCGGACAGCGGCCUUGCAGAGCGCGAGCUCACUCAGGCCGGCCAGGAGACCCUUGUGACGGGCUGGGGCUACCACAGCAGCCGAGAGAAGGAGGCCAAGAGAAACCGCACCUUCAUCCUCAACUUCAUCAAGAUUCCCGUGGUCCCGCGCAAUGAGUGCAGCGAGGUCAUGAGCAACAUGGUGUCUGAGAACAUGCUGUGUGCGGGCAUCCUCGGGGACCGGCAGGACGCCUGCGAGGGCGACAGUGGGGGGCCCAUGGUCGCCUCCUUCCAUGGCACCUGGUUCCUGGUGGGCCUGGUGAGCUGGGGUGAGGGCUGUGGGCUCCUUCACAACUACGGCGUUUACACCAAAGUCAGCCGCUACCUGGACUGGAUCCACGGGCACAUCAGAGACAAGGAAGCCCUCACCAAGAGCCGGGCACCAUAGCGACCCUCCCUGCGGGGUUAGGCUUUUGCAUGGCGAUGGAUGCGACAUUAAAGGGUCAUGUAACAAGCAUACCGCCUGCUGUUCUGUCUGUCCUUCCAUCCCUCUUCUGGGCACUUCUGGAGGGAAGUACCAUUUAUUGAGCACCUAUUAUAUGUCACAUGCCUUAUAAAUAGAAUCUUAACUCCCAGAGCAACUCUGUGGGGCGGGGGGGAGCAGAUCCAAGUUUGGCAGGGUCUAAAGCUGUGUGUGUUGGGGGGGGAUACUCUGUUUAUGAAAAAGAACAAAAAACACAACCACGAAGCCA